CACACGUUAUGCACUGCGCGCACACAUCCAGAGGGCUCGGAGCGAGGCAAUGAUGUGCACGAAGUAUUAUCCCUUAUUACACGUUUCGCUUCCGCGCCGGCCGCACGUACGAUAGUGAGCCGACCCGCUUUCGAGUUGUGCGAAGUUUCCGUUUGUUUACAUCGAAUCCGCUACGAUGCAUACUGCGUUAGCGAUUGUGUCAUCGACCGUACGUUUAUCGCUGGCCUGCGAGUGAUUCACGGACAAUGCUCGCCUCGGAGUUUUUUGCGCCGAAACUUUUUGUGAACUUGUGAACUCUCGGCGAUCAAAAAUUAAGAUAUCGUUCGCGACGAAACUGUGACGAGUCAGAACUUAGAUACUUGUGCCAUUUUUGUGUCAAAGUGAAUUGUCAGAGAAGAGGAAAAAAAAUUUUUCUUCAGAUUUUUACAGACUAUUUUUCGAAGAGAACUUUUUAAAGUGCUGUUGGAAAAUUUUGAUCAAUAACUUUGUGAAAUUUGUAUUUUAUUAAAACCGAAUAAAAAAAACUAAUUUGACUAACAAAGAAGACCGCAAAAGUCGAGUGCGGUGAUCGAAGUCAUCAGAAAAUUAACGCAUACAAAACAAACGACAAUCAGUCGCAGUUUAUUACCUAGAAAAAGUUUGGAGAGACAAAGAUGGCAAUAGCAUUCAAUCUGCCGAGCGAGAGAGAGGCGACAGAGGAGAACUUCUCGCGACUGAACCGGCUCCUAGCCGAGCUGUACGAGGUGCUUUGCCACAUCUUGGUCGCACGACAGCCUGGCCAAGAAGUCCAGGAGAAUCGGCGAGAUCGUCCAUACUCCGAAUCGGAUAUCGAACGACCAGCACCUCCCCCACAGCCAUGUAGAAGAUCAGCAUCAUCUCCACCUCUCACCCUGACCUUGGAUUCCGAUUUAGAAGACGAUGUAUUCGUAAGUCCAAGAACGAACAGUGGAAGCGAUCCCUUUUCGACUACUAAUCUGGAGAUAUUUAGAUACGGAAGUCCACGGACUCCUGCGGGAUUACUUCUGAGUCCAAGAAGGGAGAGAGCCUUUACGUUCUCCGUUACGAGUGAAAAGCACUGGAGAGAUAAGGGUGGGACGGACGUAGCUGAUGGCGUUGCCAGUGCGGAUGUGACUGAUUCAUCAUCACCUGAAGAACCUUACCAGCCGGAGAAAUCAUCAUCAGAAUCCAUUUUCUCUUCUAUAAUACCAGAUAAGUUAUCUGGCUCCAUAUGCACUGCUGUUCUCUUUAUGCUGGGAUGGAAACUUCUAGCGAAUAAGCGAUGAAUUUACAUCAAACAACGAAGAAGUAAACAAUAAAUGUGAUAAGAAUAUGUUAAUAUUAUUCUGUUAAUCACGUUAUUAAUAACAGUUGUCUAAACGGUUAUAUAACAAUAACUCUUUAGACGUCGCUACCGUCAACGAUUAGACGUUUUGUAUAUUUAUAUGUAUAGCCGAAAUAUAUUAAUCGAAAUCGCUUGUUAGUUGCACUUAAUGCUCUCGAUUUAAAUUAAAUUUACAAAAUGUAAUCCAAAGAUGUUUUGAAAUGAUUAAAAAAAUGUUAUCAUUAUUUUUGAAAUGAAAUCGAUUAAAAUUAUAAUGAUUGAUUAAAAUUCGAUGACUUAUAUCACCAAGGCGCGAAAAUCCAGCCAGUAAUAUUUUUAUGUAAUAUUUUAGGGCACAAAAGUCAAUUUACUUACAAUAAAUGGAAAUAUCAAUUUUAAAUGACUUUUUUAAUUAAUUGUCAACCAGACUAAAAUAUUGUAAAUACACACUUUUACUUAUAAAUUUUAAUGAGCUGGGAGACAUAAUAAAUGAUUUACGAGUUUAGUGUUUUGCUGCUAAUAAAGUUUAUAUGUUUUUUAAAGAACAUUUUCUUCAUUUGUAAGUAAAACUAUCAGAAACAAAACUUACGGCGAUUGUUUUUGAAAUGGAUUUAUUAAAUUAAUUAGAAAUAAAUCAACGAGAAAAGUAAUAAUGUAAUACUUAUAGAAUGAAAUAUGCUUUUGGUGUUAAAUGUAGAAUUUCGUAUUGACAAAUUUUAAUGCACAAUUUAUAUAAAAAAUAUUUAAUAAAUCUGUAAGCAAUUUUUGAUAAUUAUACCGUACUGAAAUACAUACGUCGAUUUAAACGUUUUAAUGCGAAAUAUGCCUAUAACUUUAUAUAAUAUUUGCCUAUUGAUUCUGAUUGAAUCAAUUUUUAUUUAAAAAAUAAUCUUACCACACAACAAAACUCACAGAUAUUGUAUAAGUUUCAUGCGUACUGUGUCAUCAAAUUAAAUUUUUUUACUGGUUCUUUGUCUGUAUGUUAUUGUAAUUCAAUUCAAAUUUGUUGUUUAUCUUGGUUUUUUAAUGCUCUGAAUCAUUUAAAUGGAAAAUAUUUAAGUUACUAUACUAUAAUAUUACGUUUUACUUUGUGUGCCAGCCGUCUACCAGUUUCUAAACCCAAACAUAAUAGUGGCUUAAUACAUGUUACAAAGUUGAAUUACUUAUGAAAAAUUGGUAACACAGUAUGUUUGAGCUCAUAUAUUUUUACAUUCCUAAGUAUUGACCAGUCGCGGAUUUGUGAAGAAAAAGAUAUUUCGUUUUCUUAAAUCAAAAACACGUCUUCAUUUGUUCCAAAGAGAGCAGCCUAAAAUUAUCAUCGAUUGAUCUCAUUAUAUUAUUUUUGUAUUAAAAAACUUUUAUACUAGUAUUAAAUAAAUUAGAUUAUUAUUUAGGUUACGUGCCAAGCCGUUUGAGAAUUAUAUCUGAGGUCUAUUUUAUUACAACUAUAUAUAAUAUAUUGAUGUAAAUAAUUUGAUUUAAGUGAACGGUAGUCCGUCUUUUUGUAUCACAACAUAAUUUAAUUCUGAUACGUCCUAUCCAUACAUCGUAACGUAGCCGCAGCAACAAUAUUUUAAAAA